CGAUCUCCAACUGGACGUGCAAGCUCGUCUUUUCGGGAUCUUAUUGUACAAUACUUUGUGUAUCAAUAUUUCGGCAUUCCCGGCAGGAUAGCAUUUCGAGCUGACAGAUAGCCGUUUCCUUCUCUCAGUCGUGCGGAGUGAAAAUAGGGCAGGUCAACACUCAAGCUCUUUGUGUGGAAGCUGGUGACUCGUACUCGGUACCUAGCAAACAUCUCCAUCUCUUGUUUGAGCGUUGAAUCUGUCGCUGUCGUUGCACGAGCACCUGUUGUUGGGAAGACAAGGACGUCGGUGACAAGCUGCUUUUUUUUUGCCUUCGCCCCGAUCACAAUCACGUGCAGCUUCCACCACCACCCGCCCACACCCGUCACCACCGCGGUUGCGUUGACACGGCCGCCACUGCCACUGCCACUUACUGCCACUGCACUACCGAGAAGCAGCCCCCCGUUUCAACCUUGGACACCCUCCCACCUUCCGGGUACCAUCUAACGCUGCACCACUGGCAGUGACUGAAACCAAGCAGCACCACGCAGGCGCAGAUCACCCCUCAUUGAAAAAACAGCCAUGUCGCUCCCCCGCCAUGCUGUCAGUUCCUUCAAAUUUCACCACACUUUAUUAACCCCGCCAUCCUCGUCUUCCUUUUGUCUUCAAAAGCAUCUCUCUCAUCGUCUUUCAUCUUCACCUACUUCUUUCGCCAGACUCUUCUCCUCAUCCCCAACAACCAUGGUUCAGACCGCUUGGUUUGAUGUCGAGUGGACCGACGCGGUGCUCGACAAAGCCAGAGCUGAUGCCAAACGCGCUGGAACCUCUCCUCCUCCUCCUCACCGAGGCAGGAUCAACUUCAACCUCUACGACGAUGUUGUCCCCAAGACCGCCGAGAACUUCCGUGCCCUCUGUACCGGUGAGAAGGGCUUUGGCUACAAGGGCAGCUCUUUCCACCGAAUCAUCCCUCAAUUCAUGUUGCAGGGUGGUGAUUUCACCCGAGGCAAUGGCACUGGCGGCAAGUCCAUCUACGGCGAGAAGUUCGCGGAUGAGAACUUUAAGAGGGCUCAUACCAAACCGGGAAUCUUGAGCAUGGCCAACGCUGGUCCCAACACCAACGGUUCUCAAUUUUUCAUCACGACUGUGGUCACCUCGUGGCUGGAUGGCAAGCACGUCGUCUUCGGUGAGGUUGCCGACGAGAACAGCAUGGACAUCGUCAGGAAACUCGAGGGGACUGGCUCUGGGUCUGGCCAAGUGAAGCACGAGGUGAAGCCAACCAUUGUCGACUGCGGCGCCCCCUAGAAUACUACGUCGGUGGUCUUGGAAGGGCAAACUCUAAGUCAAGAGUACAGUUUGCAGGAGGCCAAAAGUAUCCAGAAUCCAAUUCAACAAGCAUAAGCAGAACAUGUCCGCAAGAACGUGCUUUGCCACAGGCAGCUACAGCGCCAGCAUACUUAAGUAGUAGGCAAAUGAAAAGUUGAUCCUCUCUA